CUUUCUGACCUCUUCCGGUCGAGGUGAGCUGCCAUUGUUUUCAAUUUCGGGUGCUUGGGAAGAGGACCAGACUUAACCAGCAACAACCUGUAGAGGCUGACAUGGUUUUACAAGCACACUAUGCGACAAUGGUGACGAUGUUUUUUUUUUUUUUUUUUUAAUGUCUGAAUCGCGUGUUUCAGCGUGACGCGGAGCAGAAACACGAAAGUCGUGAUUUACGCACCGGCCUCUCCGUGCGUAAAUGGCUUUCCACUUGAGGAACAGGAGGAGUUUGCCAAGUACGUGCAGGAAAGAAGAAAGCGCGCGCGAGUGGGUGGGUGGAUUGAGCUGCUGUGGGGGUUGGAGAAAGCGACGGGAGGAGGCGGCCCCACGCCGACCCCCACAGUUUCGACUGCAAUGUGCUUCACAAAUGCCGAAAAAUUGCUCCACAAAUAUUUCCCGCUGCUACCGUGGGGAGCGACUCUCCCAUUGUGCGUCAAACUCCCAAACUCGUUUUAAAAUAAGACACCUGAGUGGACGGCUUUCUCUUCGUCACGCAUCGGAGGAAUUAAUAUUGGCAAUCUCCCCAACAGAGCCCCCCUUUUUUUCCUGGCCAGAGCAGUUCCAGGAUUUGUUAAGCGCCAUCUGUUGACAUCUUGUUUUAAAGGAAGUACGGUAAGUUAAAAGACCCUGAAUUUUGCUGUCAAUAUAAAGGUCGUCCACUUCACCUUUCACCAUGGAGGAAGCUCAGUCGGAGAUGAACAUUUUAUCCAACGGGAAAAGCCACAACCUCGGAGACGAUGUGGACGUGCCGAUGAAGACGUCGCUAGAGGAGGAUCAAAAUGGCACGCAAACAGUCAGAUUUGACGACCCCGACGGAGGUAUGGAGAACGAGGAAUUUUUGCCCAGUGCAGAUGGAAAGAAACCAGUUCGAUUCAAAGACUUUGAAGGGAAAACGUCCUUUGGUAUGUCCGUCUUCAACCUCGGUAAUGCCAUUAUGGGAAGCGGAAUCCUGGGACUGGCUUAUGCCAUGGCCAACACAGGCAUACUUCUCUUCUUGUUUCUUCUGACUGCAGUGGCUGCGUUGUCAUCUUAUUCCAUUCAUCUGCUGCUCAAAUCAUCCGGCAUUGUGGGAAUUCGGGCUUACGAACAGCUGGGCUUCAGGGCCUUUGGCACGCCAGGAAAAAUGGCCGCCGGCAUUGCAAUCACACUGCAGAACAUUGGAGCCAUGUCCAGCUACCUAUACAUUGUGAAAUCUGAGUUACCUCUGGUCAUCCAAGCGUUCCUGAAGGCUGACCCUAACGCAGAUUUUUGGUACUUGAAUGGCAACUACCUGGUCAUCAUGGUCUCUGCCAGUGUCAUCCUGCCCCUGGCACUGAUGAAGCAGCUGGGAUACCUUGGCUAUACCAGCGGAUUUUCUCUCAGCUGCAUGGUCUUCUUCCUCUCUGCGGUCAUCUACAAGAAAUUCCAAAUUCCUUGCCCGUUCGUGGAGUUCAACUCGCUCAACAGUACCGCCGCCCACCACAUCCUGAACGCGUCCGACCACACUGAUGAUCACCUUGUGCCUCACGAAGAAGACGACACACUCUGCACGGCGCGUAUGUUCACCAUCAACUCACAGACGGCCUAUACCAUCCCCAUCUUAGCUUUUGCCUUCGUUUGUCAUCCGGAGGUCCUUCCCAUUUACACUGAACUCCGCAAUCCCACUAAGAAGAAGAUGCAAAAGGUGUCCAACAUCUCUAUCUUUGUCAUGUACACCAUGUACUUUCUUGCAGCUCUCUUUGGCUACCUGACCUUCUAUGGCAAUGUGGAGCCAGAAUUGCUUCACACUUACAGCCGCAUCGAUCCGUACGACACGAUGAUCCUGUGCGUGCGAUUGGCUGUCCUCACCGCCGUCACACUCACAGUUCCCAUUGUGCUAUUCCCAGUGCGGCGAGCCAUUCAGCACAUGCUGUUCCCCACCAAGGCUUUCAGCUGGCUGCGGCACAUCGCCAUCGCUCUGGUUCUGCUCACGUUUAUCAACAUGCUGGUCAUUUUCGCUCCCAACAUUUUGGGCAUUUUCGGAAUCAUCGGUGCCACAUCUGCUCCCUGCCUUAUUUUCAUCUUCCCUGCUGUUUUCUACAUCCGCAUUGUUCCCAAAGAAAGUGAACCUAUGAAGUCCCUUCCCAAGAUCUUGGCCGCCUGCUUCGCCGCCUUGGGUGUCUCCUUCAUGAUAAUGAGCCUGAGCUUCAUAAUAAUCGACUGGACGUCGGGUAGCAGCCAUAGCGGCGGGGGCCACUAAAGCCCACGCAAGUGUGUUCGGGCUGAGGAGCGACAACGAUCACGACCUCGCACAUAAAAAUGUCAACCAAAAUGUCACACUUGUAUUGAUAGAGCUGAAAUAACAUUAUACUUCAAUGUUAUACAGAUACCCCUGCUGGCCAACUAAUUAGGUACACCGAAUAAUGCUCAGACAUCAGAGAGACGUCGAUAAUUUUAUGAUACUAUCCUUCACAGUGGUGGAAAACUGCAUUGCAUCACACUGAAAUAUCUUUUAACCAAAAUAGAGGUAACUCGUUCCUCUGUGAUGCAGUGCAGUUGACUACAAAAAAAAAAAUAUAUUACAAACAUGUUAUGUCUUGCUAUAGAUGUCAUUUGAUUGUGGCCAGUGGGCAAAAUAUUGCUCUUUAAUUUCAUGAAUUAACAAAUCCAACAAUGAGCUUUGAGCUGAUCCAGCCACAAACAACAGCAGCUGGUACUGUAAAAAUAUAGAGUAUUCAUCGCAUAUAUUUACAAAGCGCCCCCCCCCCAAAAAAAAGACUAAUAAGUUAUUUUCACGAGCACAAAUAGAGGAAAGACAUUCAAACAGGAAUGUGUAUUUAUAUAACUUCUAUGUUUUUGUUGUGUUAUAUUUAACUGCUACUGGAGUUAAUUGCGAUGAUCCAUAAUGUAUAACUUGGUUUUGAUGAACUUUAUGAUGUGGACAAUAUCAAAUUGAUUAUAAUGUUCAACAACUGCACACCUCUCUUUUUACAACUAUAAAUAAACACAACUGUGACCUUAUCUAUACAGUUAUGGACAAAAUUAGACGUAUCGUGGUCAAAUUUAGAGCUUGACGUGAGCUUUAAUGUGCCGAAUCGCUCCCGUGGCCACCGUGCGCUUCAACAGGCGUACCGGUGUGGCAAAUUCAUAGCCGACGUUGAACGACUAGAAAUUUGACGGGGGUAUGGAUCACGUUGGUCGUAACUGUGAAUCAAAUAUAGCAAUAAUCUCCAAAAUAAUCAUUACGGUCUCAAGGAUGGGAGAAAAAACUCUUUUAAAAGGGAAUGACAAAGUGCCUGCUGAUGUUAGCACUUAAUGUUGAUUUGUUGAUAUUUUAGUUUUAGAUAGAUUGUAAGAUUAAAAAGUCCAAAUGGGCGGCACGGUGGCGCAGCUGGAAAGCGUCGGUCUCACAGUUCUGAGGUCCCGGGUUUGAUCCCGGACCCGCCUGCUGUGAAGUUUGCAUGUUCUCCCCAUGCCAACGUGGGUUUCUCCGGUUUCCUCCCACAUCCCAAAAACAUCCAACAUUAUUUGGACACCGUAAAUUGUCCCUAGGUGUGAUUGCGAGUGCUGCUGUUUGUCUCCAUGUGCCCUGCGAUUGGCUGGCAACCAGUUCAGGGUGUGCCCCGCCUCCUGCCCGUUGACAGCUGGGAUAGGCUCCAGGACUCCCGCGACCCUCAUGAGGAUAAGCGGCUUAGAAAGUGGAUGGAUGGAAGUCCAAAUGUACUAAAACAUCCCCACAAGGCACAGCAAGAUAAAUAUGAAACCACAAAUGUGGUUGAUAACUAAUUUGGCUUCAGAAUGAAAAGCUCUUGUGACUAUUUUAGUAUUCUGUUCUGUUUGGUUCUCUGUUGAAGUGAAUUUUUGUGCAGAAUGUUAUAUUUUUAGUAUUUCUACUCACCUAAUAUUGAUGAGUUGCUAUUUGUUUGAGGCUUAAUUCAUUUCGGAUUUUGGAUCACGGUUUUAUUUUGGUGAUUGUUUUUUUUUUUUAAACACAAAUCAAAAAUAACAUACGUGUAUUGUACUUUGGGUUUGUGCUGAUUUAAAAGUUUUCAAUUUGAGUAAUGGAAAUGUACUACAUACAAUAUAGUUUCAGGUUUAAAAGCACAAAAAUGAAUUUCAAUAUACUUAUCACAGACAACGUGCUGCUUUUACCCAAAGAGGAGUUUAUAUUCCUACAACAGAUGCCGAGGUUUAUUUAUGUAUAAGUAUUAUUUUCAUCUGAAACCAUUUGGAGAAUCGUAUUAUUUUCACAGAUAUAUUAUGAAAAACAAUUGUGCGUCCCUCACAAUGUAUUUGCAGUGUUUGAAUUCUGUCCUGUGUUGUGUACAAGAGUUGUUUAUUUGAAAGGAUAAUGCCAAAAUAACAACAAACUACCUACAAGGCGUUUAACUUUUAAACACGCAAAUACGAGGUCAGUGAAUACAAAAUGUCAAACAUGCAAUUCUCGUGACUAAAUAUGAUAUUGUAGCCGAGUUUAUGAUGUACUCAAAUCUGGAACUGACAAGUUCAUUAAUGGUUUUGGGGAAUGAAACUUGGCUUCAUAUUGAUAACCUGUAUAAAUGUAAACAUUUUAUAUUUGUAAGGCAUACCGCAUUUGCCAUGGUAAAAUGUAAAGUGUAAAUAGCAGGAAGCAUUUUAGAUUGACAAUAAAAUCAUUGUCAAUGUUUUUUCCAUCA